GCGGCUGAGGGGAGCGGAGCCGAGGCCCUGACGCCAUGUCGACAUCGCUGGGCUCCAACACCUACAACCGGCAGAACUGGGAGGACGCGGACUUCCCUAUUCUGUGCCAGACAUGUCUUGGAGAAAACCCGUAUAUUCGAAUGACCAAAGAAAAAUAUGGAAAAGAAUGCAAGAUUUGUGCCAGGCCUUUCACAGUAUUCCGCUGGUGCCCUGGUGUUCGUAUGCGUUUCAAGAAAACAGAAGUAUGCCAGACAUGCAGCAAGCUGAAGAACGUCUGUCAAACCUGUCUGCUUGACCUGGAAUAUGGUUUGCCUAUUCAAGUCCGGGAUGCAGGACUUUCCCUUAAGGAUGAAAUGCCGAAGUCUGACGUCAAUAAAGAGUACUACACCCAGAACAUGGAACGAGAGAUAUCCAAUUCUGAUGGCACUAGACCAGUUGGUGCGCUAGGAAAAGCUACUUCUACCAGCGACAUGCUGCUGAAGCUGGCUCGGACCACUCCUUACUAUAAACGUAACCGUCCUCACAUCUGUUCCUUCUGGGUAAAAGGAGAAUGCAAGAGAGGAGAAGAGUGUCCCUACAGACACGAGAAACCUACAGAUCCAGACGAUCCUCUGGCUGAUCAGAACAUCAAAGAUCGUUACUAUGGAAUUAAUGAUCCUGUGGCUGAUAAACUUCUGAAACGAGCAUCAACCAUGCCUCGUCUAGACCCCCCUGAUGACAAGACUAUUACUACACUGUAUGUUGGAGGGCUUGGAGAUACUAUCACUGAAUCAGAUCUCAGAAAUCACUUCUACCAGUUUGGGGAGAUUCGGACGAUAACUGUAGUGCAGAGGCAACAGUGUGCUUUCAUCCAGUUUGCCACUCGGCAAGCUGCAGAAGUGGCUGCUGAGAAAUCCUUCAACAAACUGAUUGUCAACGGUCGCAGGCUCAAUGUCAAAUGGGGAAGGUCCCAGGCAGCAAGAGGAAAAGAAAAGGACAAGGAAGGUACUACAGAAUCUGGGAUAAAGCUGGAGCCAGUUCCAGGACUUCCCGGAGCUCUCCCCCCUCCUCCAGCUGCGGAAGAGGAAGCUUCUGCAAAUUACUUCAACCUACCUCCAAGUGGCCCUCCAGCCGUGGUUAACAUUGCCUUGCCACCUCCUCCUGGCAUCGCUCCACCACCACCUCCAGGUUUUGGACCACAUAUGUUCCACGCCAUGGGCCCCCCACCUCCCUUCAUGAGAGCCCCAGGCCCCAUUCACUACCCGUCUCAAGAUCCCCAGAGGAUGGGUGCCCACGCGGGAAAGCACAGCAGCCCCUAGCACGUCGUGCCACCCUCAUCAUUUAAAGUGUUUGCCCAGGAGCAACUGUGUCCUGCAUGGAGCCUGCCGUUGAGUAAGAUGUAUGUACACGUGGCUGGAGGAUUUUAAGUUUACCUGUAUGUCGGCUGCUUUCACAUAAUGGAUCUGUGGACAUCUUUCUGUAAAGCAAAACAUGAUGGGACCUGUU